GGCGUCUCUGCUGUCAGUGUUCGGUGGGAGGGUAGACAGCGACAGCAGCAGCGGCCGCGUCGGAACUAAAACCAACGUGACAGACUGGAGUCUUAAUAACACCAACCGAUCCAAGAGCAGCACUAACAGAGAACCCCUAAUACUGCAUAUACAGACUACAGUGUCAUUCGUCGACUGCUGCAUAAGGAUAAAGACCCAGCCGGCUCGACAGCAGCGAACGCAAACCGCAGUGGACGUUGUUGCAUUGUUCACGUGAGAGGAGGAAAAUCCGUGGUUUGCAGCAGAUCCGCGUGCAGUCGACCGGAACCGGACUCUGUUGUUGAUUUCUCGUAAUGUUUUAUCACGGGAUACAUCGUUACGCUGGAUACCGAGUUUAGUAGAGUCAUUGCAUCACGUUGGAUUCACCAGCCCCGUGUUGAACUUGGCCUGUAGAGCAAACAGCACGAUGAACGCUUAGCUCUGCUAACGUAAAUCUAUGUUUUCUGAUCACUCGGUUUUCCAGCCGUGAUUUUUUUUGUCUUUAUAAUUAUUUGGCGAUUACCUCUCUUAAAUUAUUUGCUCGGUCAACUCAAGCAGCUGCAGCUGGCGCUUUGUCUACAUCUGAUGGAUAUGAUACGAAAGUAAACCUGGACCUGUUUCGGGGUUUCGGAGCCAGGUCUCCUGUACUCUGAAGAUCUGAAGAAUAUCAAUGCUCUUUUCCCUCUUGCGGUCCCUUAUGCCCAAUGACGGCUGUCUCCGGGUCACUGCAGGAUGGAUGAAGUGGAUUUGACAGUUUUUGUCUGUCACCAUCAGUGCUUGCCUCUCAGUGACUGUGUCUUGUUCUUUUACGUUUAUAAAAGAACACCUCCUCUCUUGGGCUCUGGCCCCUUACACCGUAAGAGUAACUGUAAGUAAGGUAUACCCCACGGAGUGGGCCUUCCAGCAAACUCUGUGGUUCACGUGAGCUUUUAUUAACUUUUCACAGGCUUUUUUGUGCCACAGUCAAAAGCAGAAAGAGGAAAUUUCCACGAAAGGUCAAGGUUUACAUUUGAGUUUUUUUCACAAUAAUUUAUUUAUACAUUUAAGUUUUUUUAUUUUUUGGGGAGAUGUCGUCAGAAAAUCCCAACAAGGUGGUGACCUUCUUGGCCCCUCCACCUCCAAAGAAUGUGAAUGGCUCCGGUUCGGACUCACUGGUGGGUGAGAAGCUAGACACGGAGGUUAGAAAACGACGCCACACCAUGGAUAAAGAUCUGAAGACGGCUGAGCACAGAUUUUUUAGGCGUAGCGUCAUCUGUGACUCCAAUGUCACUGCACUUGACUUGCCCAGCAAAGCCUGUAUCCUCACCUCGCCUCCGGACUGCGAGCAGUUCAUUGUGCCUGCAGUGCUGGAUUCGGCCCCUGACGUUACCAUUGACACCCAAGUAGUUGCUUCAGAUGUUGUUUUGGAAGAACAUGCAGAGGAUGGAAAAGCUGCUGGGGAUGAUGGGAUUGUGGAGGUACAGAGCCCGUCUGUGCAGGAUGUGUGUGUGAGGCAGAGUGAGGCCCUUGGGAUGGCGGAGAAGGAGCCGAGCGAUGUAGGCAACAAGGAACAGGAGAGCAGAGUAAUAGACAAACGUGAAGAAGAGGAAGAGGAGGAGAAAGGGGUGGCGAGGGCCCGUGCUGAAGCUGAGCAGAGAGAGGCUGAGAAAAAGGUUCAGGAAGAUGAAGAAGUGGAGACCAAAGCUGUGGGCACCUCACCCGAUGGGCGUUUCCUCAAAUUUGACAUCGAGAUUGGACGCGGCUCGUUCAAAACUGUCUACAAGGGCUUGGACACGGAGACUACGGUGGAAGUAGCUUGGUGCGAACUUCAGGAUCGGAAGCUGUCAAGAUCAGAGCGCCAGCGCUUCAAGGAAGAGGCUGGCAUGUUGAAAGGCCUGCAGCACCCAAACAUUGUGCGUUUUUACGACUCAUGGGAGUUGCCCUCCAAAGGCCGCAAGUGUAUUGUGCUGGUGACGGAGCUCAUGACAUCGGGAACCCUAAAAACGUAUCUGAAGCGCUUCAAGGUGAUGAAGAUAAAGGUUUUGCGGAGCUGGUGCCGGCAAAUCCUGAAGGGCCUGCACUUCCUCCACACCAGGGCUCCUCCCAUCAUCCACCGGGACCUUAAGUGCGACAACAUCUUCAUCACUGGUCCCACCGGCUCCGUUAAGAUCGGCGAUCUCGGCUUGGCCACCCUCAAGCGCUCGUCAUUCGCUAAGAGUGUCAUAGGUACCCCUGAGUUCAUGGCGCCUGAGAUGUACGAGGAAAAAUACGAUGAGUCGGUGGAUGUGUACGCCUUCGGAAUGUGCAUGCUGGAGAUGGCUACCUCUGAGUACCCUUACUCCGAGUGUCAGAACCCUGCUCAAAUCUAUCGCCGAGUCACCAGCGGAGUUAAACCUGGCAGUUUUGACAAGGUAGCCAUUCCAGAGGUGAAAGAGAUCAUCGAGGGAUGUAUUCGCCAAAACAAAGAUGAAAGAUAUGCCAUCAAGGACCUUCUGAACCAUGCCUUCUUCCAGGAAGAGACUGGGGUGCGAGUGGAGCUGGCUGAAGAGGAUGAUGGGGAGAUGAUUGGCAUCAAGCUCUGGUUGCGCAUUGAAGAUGUCAAGAAAUUGAAGGGUAAAUACAAAGACAACGAAGCCAUCGAGUUUUCCUUCGACCUCCAUCGGGACGUGCCAGAAGAUGUUGCUCAGGAAAUGGUUGAGUCGGGCUAUGUUUGCGAGGGUGACCACAAAACCAUGGCCAAGGCCAUCAGAGACCGUGUGUCCCUGAUCUGCCGCAAACGGGAGCAAAGACAGCAGGUGCGAGCCGAGCAAGAGAAACGCAAGCAGGAGGAGGAGCAGAAGCAGUUGUCCAGCGAGUCUUUGAAGAACGUGUCCGGCUCUCAAGGUUCUGCACAGAGCCAGUGUGGUUCCCAGCCUCCGACUCCUGGCCUCGUCCAGCCUGAGUGUGAGGAGCCUGAUGUAGACCAGCAGCUUCAGUACAUGCAAAGUGGAAUGACCCUGGCUGACAGGACGCUUGACAGUGGUCAGGGCUCAUCCGUGUUCUCAGAACCUCACCUCAGCCAGCUCAGCAUGUCGUAUAGUUCUCCUGCUGGGUCGCAACCCCAGCAGGUGCCUGGACAGGCCGCCUACCCUCCCAGCUCUCAAGCUCCCCAACAGCACACCGCAUACCCCCAGCAGGCCAUGCCGCAAUCAGCGAGUCAGCCGUAUGGUGGAGGAGGCUCAGGUCUGGUCGAGCCCCCGCACUUUUACCCCACCAUCCCGGAACGGCCCGUCUCGUUCUCCCCCCCACCAUCUUGCCCACCUAAAGCUUUCAACGUGCAGCGCCGCAAGAGCACCUCCAUCCUGGAGGCCCACACACGUCAAUUCCAGCCCGCCUACCAUCGUGGUUACGGCAGCAGCCUGCAUCCAUUUUCUGGCAUGGAAGCUAUGGGCCCUGGCGUUGAACCCUCCCUGUUCAUGAUGCCUGGUAUGGUGCCUCAAAGAUUGGGCGAGCCAUUGCACCUACAGCCCCCAGUGGAGUCUCUAUAUGGAUAUAAGGACGUGAGGGCAGAGCAAGAGGAGGCUGUACGAAGACUCAGCCUCAACCAGGCUGCAUUAAUGGACCAUCUGGAAGCCAUGGCCUAUAGUGGCUACCCUAUGACUGCGCAGCAGCUAAGCCACAUCAGCUUCCAUCAGCAAAUGCAGGUCGCCGCUGCUGCUAGCUUGGCCUAUGAGACUCAAUCACAGCCUGGGCCAGCUUACCUACACCCUCAUGUCCAGAGUCACAUGCGCUUGACCCACAGCCCCAUCCCUCAACUGCCUCCCAUGAGUGUGUCUAGCUCUGCCUCUGCACCGCAGCAAACCACAGCUGCAGAUCCAGCAUAUCAGCCCAACAUUUUUCCCCAGUCCGCACCACCAGUCUUGGCUCAUACAUCUGAGGCGAGCACUGCCUUUGAAUUUCAUAUGCAUAACCUCCAGGCGGACCCAGCCAUGUUGGCGUCCAGACUCUACCGAGCCCGCCGGGGCUCCAUGGACCUUAACCUUGAGGAACCGACUGGCAACAUGGGCUUGUGUGGACGACUACAGCCGGUCACGGAAGAGCUAUACAGCUAUGUGAGCCCAGAGCUGCCCCUUCCCCCGGGCAGCCUGCUUCUCCAUGGACCUAAAGAACUCAGUCCUGAACCUUCAAGUGACUCUAUGACCUCCUCCGAUGCUGGAGAGUUCUACUCGCCUCCACCUCAUCAGUUGUACCAACCUCAAGACUGUUCCGCUGCUCAAUCCAUCCCUCAAACUUCUUACUACAAAACGGAUGGAGGGAGUAACAUCAGUGAAGGACACCCACCUAGCCAGACGACGUUUCUGUAUAUUCCACCUUCUGAAUCGUCCACCGUUCCGUCCUCGCACAUCACUGCUCUGCACAGUACUUGGGCCCGUCAACCAUCCCUUCCACCGGACCUCACAUACCACGAGCCUGCCCUGUCCCAUCAGGGCGCUACCUUGGUGCAGGUCCCAAUCCCUCAGUCCACAAGUGCCAUGUCUCUGGUUUCCUGCAGCACCCCAUUAGCCGCUUCUGCUUCUCAACAGUAUGGAGGUUACUACGUCCAAGCACUCCCUUCGCAGGGUGCUGUUCCACAACAGGCUUCUCUGGGGCCGACAUCCCAACCAGGAGUAUCAUUACCCCAACAGCAAGCUCCCCAACAGCCUGCCAGCACUGUGGUUCAGAGCAGCUCCCAGAUGCAGGUCCAGCCCGGUCCCCAGCCCACACAGCAGCCAGUGCCUGAAGCGCUGACAUGCCCAGCAGCUGUGCCUGUUGCAGCCAUGUCCCCAUCAGUGCUGCCGCCCCAUCUGCCCCAAUUGGUGCCGCCUCUAAUGACACCUGUGCCAACCAUCCAUGUGGUCACAGUCCCUUCCCCAACCGAACAUCCAUGUUUGCCAGCAGACACCCCAGCGCAGACAUCUCAUAGCGUCUCUCAGACUUUGACGACAGAGCUGUCACAACUCCAAACUCCUGCUGUGGAGAGUGGUCAUUCUGAUGUGGCAUCUGGGCUCAGUGAUGGUAAUGAGGGCGUAACGGGUGGCAGGCAUGAGGGUCGUUCUGCCAAAAGGCACCAGCGCAGAUCAGUACGCAGCCGUUCACGCCAUGAAAAAACCUCUAAGGCCAAGCUCAACGUUCUUAAUAUAUCCAGAAUGGGCGAUAGAGUUGCAGAAUGUCAAUUAGAAACACACAACAGAAAAAUGGUGACCUUUAAGUUUGAUUUAGACGGCGAUAACCCAGAGGAAAUUGCACAGAUAAUGGUACAAAGUGAAUUCAUUCUAGAGAGCGAGCGCGAGUCCUUCAUCGAGCAGAUUCGAGAGGUCAUAGAAACAGCAGAUGAGAAAGGUGUGGAGAGAGAGUGCAGCCAGACGGUUAGUGAUCACGAGCAACAUAUGCCCACCACAUCUGCACCUCUUGAGCAAGGUGUGCCGCCUAGUUCAGCUGCCCAGGUGGUCCACUCUGCAGGCCGAAGGUUUAUCGUGAGCCCAGUGCCUGAAUCCAGACUGAGGGAACAGUUCUUUAGCUCACCCCAAACCACAAUCGAAGAGCCUUCAUCCUCUGUGUCAGUUGCACUGCCUGCCUUGGGGCUUUCUAUGUCUGCGUCUGCAGUUAGUCUACAGCAGGCCUUCUCUGAAAUGCGCCAAGGUCAUUUUGACCCGGGUCCCAGCACUGCGCCACCUAUGCUCCAUGUCUCGAUGCCCCCUCUGGUCCCCGCCACAGCACCCUUGCCCUCUAGCGCCGCCCCGUUGGUCCCUCCCACAGUGUCUUCUGAAGUGACCUCUUCACCAUCUCUGCCCUCUGUCUCCAUAAACCCUCCAGGGUCAUCAUCAUCAUCUCCUCCUCCUUCUUCCCUUCCUGCCUCCUCCGUGACCUUCCCUCCAGCCCAUUCGCAACUCCCUCUGCCCCAAGGUCAAGCUGUACCUGCCAUCAUCAGUGUUAUUACCACUCCUUCCUCUCUGCCAAUGCCAGCUGUGCCUGCCACAACAUCCUUCCCCCAAACCUCAGUCCCCAUGCCCACACCUGCCUGUACUACAGCCCCGCUCGCUCACCCCGUGAAUCCUAUGGGAUCUGUUUCUGGUGGCAGUAGUGAACAGCCAAUCCCCUCCUCUUCAGCUCAGCUCACACCACCGGUCAUCCCCACCACAGCCAUCCAGACGCCUCCGCUCGCACCAUCCACCACCACGGUUAUUCCCACUUCAGCUGCUCAAUCACAAGUGCCCAUCCUGCAGCCGGUUACCACCAACAUACCCAUCGUGCAGCCCACACCUGUGCACAGCCAACCUCAAACCUCCACCGUGGCCAAUCAGAGCCAUGCACAUUGUGUAGAAUGUGAGAGCGACCUGCAGGGAAAAGGUGUUGAUGACAUUCAGGCUCUAGAUAAAAAGCUGCGCUCGCUCUUCAUGGACCUGGGCUCUGGUCCGCCCUCUGCCCAAUCUGAUGUCACAUCUGACCCCAUGGCGGCUGCAAGCAUCCCUGGCACCUCCUCUCCAACUGCCUGCACCACCCCUAGUGGCACCCCUCUCCCUCCCUCAAGUUUACCCCUUAACUCCUCCAGUCAGCCCACAGGCUCUCCCAUGACAUCCAUGGGUAAUGCCUCCACACCGGUCUGCUACAGUCAGACGACUCCAUCCAAAGCGCCAUUAUCAAGAUUACCGGUGUUGCCUGUCGGCCCAGAUCAGGCUGGCACGCCACCCACAGAGCACCUACCACCCUUCCCAGGACCUUGUUUAACUCAGUCCCAGCAGCCCCUGGAGGAUCUGGAUGCCCAGCUGAGACGGGCGCUGAGUCCAGAGACCGUCCCAGUCAACAGUGUCACGCACCAGUCAUCUAUCACUGGGAUGCCACCUGGAGGACAGCCAGUUCCGUUUUCUCUGGAUGAUGAGACCACAGUUGCACCUGCACCUGGAGGAUACACACUGGGACGAUUCCAGGUGUCAGCGGCUCCUGAUGAAAACGCCCCGCAGGCUCCCAUCACCUAUCGUGACUCAUCCUCCACAUCUUCUUCCUCCACCACCUCCUCCUCUUCAUCAUCCUCCUCCAGUCUCUCUAGCCCUGAGAACACGCUGCACCGAACCUCCUCUCACCAUAGAGACACGAAAGCAGAUGUGGUUGAUGGCCUCCCUGCUCUCCCCGACCAGACGACAACCAAACCCCAGCCCACCACCAUCGGCCGUUUCCAGGUGACCACCAAGACUGACACAAAGGUGGGCCGUUUCUCAGUGAGCAAAGCACAGGACGAGGCUCCUGUUGCAAGCUUACAACCCCCAGAAUCCCAACCAGGACCUCAAGCCCAUCUAGCUGUAGGCAACGGUCCGGCUCAGAGCCCCGGGAGCCUCAACAACUCCAUCAGCUCCUACUUCAGCAGCGAUAAUGACUCCGAGUUUGAAGAUGAGGACUUUAAGAGAGAAGUCAGCAAGUUGAGGGAGAAGCACAUGAUGGAGAGUCAGGCUCUGUACACCCGGCAGAAGGCAGAGAUUGACGCCCUUUUUGCUCGCUUGGGCAAAGCACCUCCCGCCAUGGUCAACCCUCCCAUUGUGAACCCAGCCGGCCGCAGACGACGUCACACCAAGAGCAAAAGCAGCAAAUCCAGCCGCAGUAGCUCACAGGGAAGCAAGAGUCCUGUACAGCCAGCAACCAGCACUUUAUCAGCACAGAGCGCUCCCUCUGUGUACCCGCCUCAGCAGGCCUUCCUGGCCCCUGGGGGGAUGAUAGAUGGGGGGAGCAGCCCUCUGCUCCAGUCCUUCAAACCCUCCCCUUCUAAUGAGAACCUGUGCUCCGCUUACACCAGUGACGCCACGCUCUCUGCGCCCAGUUUGUGUGUCACCUCGCAAGGCUGUGUAAAGUUCAGCUGUGGGUCGGAGAGAGUGACCUUCAAACCAGGUGGCAGGAGGACGCGUUUUCUGAGGAAGAUGGUGAAAAAAGUGUGCCCCUGCAACCAACUUUGUAGGACGAGCAGCACCAACACGGUGGCGGGAAGCAUUCAGAAUCAAAACCAGCCGCCCAUCUCUCAAUCCCAGAGCUGCAAGGGCAUGUUCACAGACGAGCUGCACAAAUUGGUGGACAACUGGGCCAGGGACGCUAUGAACCUGUCGCAGGGCAAGAGAGGCUCCAAGCACCAACAACAAGUAUCUCCUCAGGGCCACAGCUACGAAAUGGUUCCUCCUACCAAUAUGAGCCGUAAGUACUCGGCUCCUGGCCAGCUGUGCCCAAGCAUCGCUUCAACUCUGAGCGGCCACCCGCCCAUGCCCAACACUCCUGCUACCUCGCUGGGGGCCCGGAAGGGCUCCUUGUGUCCCACGCCACAGUAUGGCUACCCCUCUGCACCUUACAGCACCCAGUGGGCUGGUUCAAUCGCGCACACCCAGGCCGGACUGCUGGCCACCUCGCAACCCCUGGGACAGUAUCCCCAGGUUCCCACCCCUUUACAGACCUUCCACAUCAGCACUUUGCAAAAGUCAGUCAGCCACCCGGGUGGACCCAACCUGAAGACCACGUAGGGCAGGGCCUAGCCGUGCUAGGCCUAAAUAACUCUCGAGUUGAGGGAAGCAAGGGGGACAAAUUGGGCAAGCGUUUGAAUGCAUUACAGAGAUUCUGUCACAAGAGUUGAUAGUUGAGAAAAAAGAUGCCAGAAUCUGCAUAAAUGUUCACAGUUACAUCACGGGGAUGAUGCACAUCGGGAUAAGAGAAGGAUGAAAAUAAAACAACGGACACUUGUGUGCAAUGUUACGUGGCCAAAGAAGGUGUGACCAUUUUUAUUGUUAAGGUGUGUAGUGAUGGCAUCCUUCACCACCCAGCCCUAAACAUUUGUCAAGGGGUUCGAUUAGAGGUUUGCUGACCUAAAAUGGAAUGAACGCCACUGGCUUCCAUCUGUAUAUCCUCCUGAUAAAUUCAUACAUCAAGCAUGUCAACAAAAACAGAGGUCGGGUGGGUGAUGGUGAGCAGCAAAGUGACAAACCUAGUUCCCCUCUUGCCCUAAACCCUCUUCUGCAAUGCCAUGGAAUAAUGCAAUAAUUACAAUGGUGAGAAAAAAGCCCAUUUUAAAACACAGGAAGUGGCCUUCAUUAGAUUAAAUGACAAAAUCCAUGUACAGGUUUCCUUUGUUUUUAAAUUGAGUUAUGAGGGUUUUGAUUUCAUUCAUUUGGUUGGUUAGUUGGUUUUUCUUCCCUAUGCCCUUCAAGCCGGCCUUGUGUAGCAGAGUGUUAGGGACAGUACUUUUUUUUUGUCAUAUGUUCAGAGGCCUUUCAGCUGCCUGUACUACAAAGCUCCUACAUGCACAUUCACACUCUUACCAUUCUCUUACGGUUUUCUCGUCGGGCCACACCACAAGGUGACUUGUAAAAUAGUGGAUUAAAUCAAUUGGAUUGGGGUUUGGAUGCAGGAUCGGUUAAGGCCCGUGAAGCUUUAAAUCUUUGUCUAAUUAUCAGCUUUUUCUAAUCAUGGCAGCAUUAGGGGCCUCUUACGAUAGUUUGAUCGAGACAUUCAAAGAAGAAGUUGUGUUCUGUAUGGACCUGUAUUUACUCAUCAGUUUUUGAUGUUGAAACACUGUGAUUAUUAUAAAUGUUGUUGGACAACAUUAGAUUAAAAGAAAGUAGACAAAAAAAAAGACGUUUUGGAGGAUGGAAGGCUAGCUAUUUAAUUACUCGCAUCUUAUUGGAGACACUUUAACCCUUUUUCCCCCCUUUGUACUUUCUUUAUAUUAUUAGAUAAAUGUGAAUGUAAAUGGAUUCAAUUAACGUACUUGAAGAAAAGAAUCUUUCCCUCUUUCGCUAAGCCCAGUGAGCUUUCUGAAGAUUCUAGUGCCUUGCUUUAUUUUUGUGUUACUUUUUUUGCUUCGGGGUUUGAUAUAUAAGGCAGUGGAGAGUCUCUAGUUGGAGUGACUUCACAGAGGGUGAUUAUUAAUAUAUUGCAGGAACAAGGAGUUGUUUUGGCUGCGGUUUUGAAUUGGCUAUGACUGAAACCAUUUGAUGGCACAGUCCUAGUUGCAAAAUGCUUCAUAUAUAGGGUGCGCAAACACACAAUCCAGCCAUUAUAUCACAUGCAAAGGCUGUGGAAGUGCUUAAGGGGUUGAGUUUUAGAUACUUUGAUCAAUCUACCUUAGUAUGCAAGUGGAAGCGUGCCUAUCAUCAGCACAUUUAAACUUAUUUCGACAACCACGGUGUCUUUGUUUUCCAGAUGGAUUCUUAAACAGCGUGAACAGUUCUUGUGAAGGUGAGGGCUCGGCUCAGAUAGAAACGCAGGACGAGGAAAGGUAGUACGCAAGGGACAGUAUGUUGUAAGUAUUUCAAAACCAUCAACAGCUUAGAUGUUUCUCCAGAACUGAUUCGUUGGUUUUGACGCCAUCCAGUGUCAAAUCCUCUCCAGGUGUGCAUAGGGAGUCUAGAAAAGGACCAGAAAGGUGGAAAAAGACAGUUAUCGCCCCUCGCCGACACAAGAACGCCACUCUCUGCCAAAACAACACUGUUAAACAAUAUUUCUCGCUGGUUUUGCUUCUUUUGAACUCUCACUGCCCGUGUAAGUUCACCGUACUGACAACAGCCCUCGGUUUCAUGGCAGAUCAGUAGCUUCUUUUGGAGGAUCUCACUCUCUCUCUUUUUGUAGCAGUCAAUCAAAUCACUCUUGUAAAUGCUUUGGUUUAUUCAAAAUAGCUGACCUGCAGUGUCAAACUAUCUUUUAGCACAUUUGACUGUUCAGAUAAAUAGAAAACAACCCUGAUCCACCAGAAACAAGUGUACAGAUCCUUAGAGCAUUUUAUUCAGAGAUGCUCUCAUCACCUUAACUACUGAAAGGACUUCGAUUACAACUCGUUACGUACUGCUUAGUGUGCCGUCUGCGUGAAACGUCUGGUACAGGAACUUCACUUUAGGUCAACUGUACAGUUUAGAUUCUCAACUGGCUCUCUAUAUUCCAAAUCGGAUCGUUUUAGCUUUAUCUCUUGCUUUGUACACAACGCUUUACCUGUAGACAGCUCGUUUUUACCCACUUUAUUUCGCUCGGUUUGGUCAAACUGUGAACACAUCAGAAGGUCUUUAACAAAGAGGUCUAACCUGCUAAGUGUUCAGACUAAUGAACUACUACCUUCUGAGUGCCAUGUCCCUGUUCCAGAUAUGACAGAAGUGUUCAUUUGCUCUCGCUAUAAGAAACAGGUCCCCCUGUUUGACUGUAGAGGGUGCUAAUGUAACUGCAGUGCAGGUUUAUUCACCUCUGACGAAAAUGAUACAGCACCUUGGAAAAUGUAACAAAAAAAAAAAGUUUGUAGCGUGCUGAUGUACAAACAAGCCAUUCAGUAUCGCUAGACAUUCAGUUAAUGAUGGAAUUUUAUUUUUUAUUUUUUUUGCAUGAGACUUUAGUUACACGGAUAAAAUGCACACAAACUUCCUCAAAACUGUCUUAUUGAAUGAAUCCCUCCUUACUAGUCGCUCUCCUGUGGAAAGAAAUACAACAGAAAAGUGUUUACUUAAUGCUACUGACCUGUCAUUGAGUUAUUUUGUUUUGUACUGCUAUCUGAUCCGCUUGUUUUGCUGUCUUUUGAGUCUCUAGAUCUCCUCUGGUGACUUUCAUUCAGUGUUUGUUUUUUGUUUUUGUUUUUCCCGUAUGAUAGUUAACAUUGUACAAAAUGUUAAAAAGAGUUACUUAAAAUGAAAACCAAACAAAAACAUGUAGGGAAUCAUCGGCAAUGUUUAACUGUAUGUUUUGCACUAAGUAUAGGAUGUUCAAGCUUCAUAUAAAACUGAGCUUUGCGCUCCAAUAAAACAGCAUUUGUUACCCUAUUUGUAAACUUAAUAAAAGUCAUUUAAAUAAAUUA